CUCCAAUUUUGAAAGCAUGUAUAAAGACUUCCGAGAAAAAGCCACCAGAGCCUACAUUACCAACAUUCCUGAUGAACCCGAAAUGGAUGAGAUCAUGGCAAAAUUUGCACUUUGGCCAGCAACUUUGCUUGUUGAAGAGUGGAAAGAGUCAAAUAAUGACACUGAAGAAGAAGCACUUGUUUUCGAAGGUACAUGCUCUUGCCCAUUCAACAGCAAAUUUGGCUUACAACACUGUAGGCAUAUUUUUCGCUCAAGAAGAAUGGCUGGCCUCAGUCUAUUGGAUAUGGAAUUAGUGCCUGUCAGAUGGAGAGAACCCACUUUUAUACCUGAAGAGCCUCUCUCAACACCACUAAAUCAAGCUGGUCAAGCUUCAGGGGCAGGAUUCAUGGUUGAGGUGGAGUCUGAAGUUACUGCACCGAAAACACAUAAUGAAAGGUACCUACAAGCCAAAGAAAUCUGCCUCAGGAUAUCUUCACUACAAGCCAAUACCGGUGGUGCACAAUAUAUAUCUGGAAUAAAAGCAAUUAAGAAAUUGGAAGCUAUCCUACGUAGAGGCGAUGAAACUAUUGUUACUGUUGCAGGAGAGACUACAUGCAACAAUAAUGACAACAAUACCCAAGAGGAAAAUAUGAUUUCCAGAGAUGAUCCGCCCGAGAUGAUCUGCGAAUAACAUUUGGAAGGGGCGGACGGCUAUCCGCAGGUGUACCUGCGGC